AUGUCCACCCCAAACCCAAGCCUCCGCCCCGGCCUCGUUAACCACCCUUCCACACCCGCGACCCGGGGUGCGCUGCUUGCGAUGCUAGCGAAGGACGCGGAGGAGCACCACUGCUUCACGAACGAGCUGGGGUUUCAUAACCAUCUGCCGCACCACCUCGUCGCGGCUUUCGACAUGGGCGCCACCCACACGCUACUGAAGGCCAUCUGGGACGACGAGACGCCGACGCUGAAGCCGAUCGACCGACAUGGCGGGGAGAUUACGGCGGGGAAUUGGGCGGAAAGGCUGGGCGAGCAUCGGGCGUAUGGCAGCUAUUACGACUUCUUUAAGGUGCAGCUCGCGCAGAAGGGCGCCAGUCGGGUGCUGGCAGAGUAUGUUCUCGCGCCAGAGGCAAACGCAGGGAAGAAAAAGAUGUUCGGGCGGUUCUUGGCGGGCGCAGUGCAUCCAUUGUUGCAAGUCGGGUUUGGACUCGAAUUCGGCCAGGACAACAUGGUUGCCGCGGGCCUAGCGAUGGCGGCUCUGACGGCGCCGGACCAGCCCAACUACUUUCUGGACGCCACGACUGGCUUGCCAGAACGGCUCGUCAAGCCCGUAGAAGGGACCACGCUUUUGCAGCUGCUCCAAGAAGUCUACGAUUCGGACACCCUCACUCCCAUUAUGCCCUACAAGCCCGAUGCCCUCCUCUCCACGCGUUUCAAGGACCUCGCUGCCGAUCCCGCGCGCGGUGAGGCGAUCAAAGCGAUUUACUCAAAAUGGGCUCUGCACUCUGACUCUGAGGACGAACUGAAUCUAAAGAUCAACGAGUGUCUCCUCCAGGCCACCCUGCUGGUGACGUCGACCGGGAAGGCCGGCCGCCCCGCGCGACUUGACUUUUUCCUCAUGCACGCGCUUACGUCCGCGCUCUGCCUGCCCCCGAUCCUGCGCGCUAUCCCCAGCGUUGAGGGAAGGAACAUCGUGUUGCAAGGGUAUGCUCGGGCCUGUGCGAUGUAUGUCAUCCUCCGCGGACGACCUCGCGUUGACGGCGCCCUGAUCAUGUCCUACCCUGAGGAUCCCGCACCGGUUGGCUGGGGUGCGACGGGGCCCGGACCGUCGCUCGGCGGCGGUGUCAUUGCGAAUCCGUGGCUGCCAGCCAUCCACAGCGCGCUGCACCACCGGGACGCGCACGUGAUUAAGGUCGUCCGGACACUGUACUACGCUGCGGGGCGCAUGCCGGAGCUGGACGCGCGGCUCGGGGCCGCGGGGGUGGUUGGCGGGGAGAGGCUGGACGGCUCGGUGUGGGUGCGCGCCGCGGGGCUGGUCAGUAAGCGCUUGGGGUGGGUCGCGUUCGGGGAGAAGGAGAGGGAGUGGGACCGGAGUGCGCAUGGCUGGGAGGCAGCGUGGGAGGGCGUGGACGAGGAAUGA